UCUUCAACAAAGGGAGGUUUUUUCAUUUUGUUUUUGAAAAUGGCGGCCAUGAGAUACAAGGGAAGCCUUCUCAUCACAAUCAUCUUCUUCUUCUCCGUCUUCCUUCUUCAAUGCCCACUUGCUCACUCUUCUUCUACAAAAUCGUUCUUUUGGUUAGGAGAAACGGAAGAUAUGAACGCCAUGAAAAAGGAGAAGGAGAUUGAUGUUGGAUCCGCUUAUGAUGUUGAAGAAAGACGAGUUCCCACUGGAUCCGACCCUCUCCAUCAUAACCAUGUUCCCUUUACUUCUCCAUAGAUUACAUCUGCUGUUUUUCCCGUAGUUCACUUAUAAGUUUGUAACACGUUUUACAGUUUCCAGGUCCUGGGUUUUGUUUGUCCGAAUGUUACUUUAUUUUCAGGGUUU